CCACCCAUCACUCACCCAUCAUAUCCGCUUCUCGUUCAUUUGUAGUUCUCCUCGGGCUCUGCUCGCCCCCCCCUCCCCCAAGCCCCAAAUCCACCAACCCCAUCAACCCAAGCAACCCAGCAUGGCGCAGCACUCGAGCUCCUCCUCGGAGCUGAUGGAGAUGAAGGAGACAGGUCGCAGCGCGCACGCCGGCGGCGGCAGUGCCGGUGGCAUCUCUGGCAUGAAGCUUGCCCUCGCCAUCCUCGUGUCCUUGGCAAUUGUGGCAGUUGUCGUCGUGCCGAUCGCCGUGGUGACGAGCCAGAGCUCGUCGUCCAAACAUGGCACACUUGACUGCGCCGACCCAGACUCCCGCGCCUCCAUCCUCAAGAAUGCCAUCACCGAGGUCAUCACCGUCGAGAACUGCUGUUGCGAGGAGUUCAAGCAGCUACAGCGCGUGGAGGGCUCCGUCAAGCUCGCCGCCUCCCUCACCUCCUUCGACCUCACGGACGCCAACGUCUCCUACAUCGGCGCCCUCGAAGGCAGCAACGGACAGCUCAUCGCCGUGGACUUUGGCAACGCCCUGACAAAGAUUGAAGCCAUCCUCGAUCUGCGCAGCAACAGCAUCAGCAGCAUCCGCUUUGGGGCCCUCACGAGUGUUGGUGGUUUCAUGCUCCUCAACGACAACAGCCUCUCCGCGAUUGACUUUGGCAACUUCUCCACUGUCGGCGUCAGCCUGAACGUGAGCGGGAACCCGCUGACGUCCUUCUCCUUCUCCAACCUCACCCACGUCGGCGACGACACCAUUUACGUGGGGCCAAACAUCUGGGGCCUCACCGACGGCACGGUGAAGAGCGUGGCCUUGGACAACAGCCAGAUCACCGCCAUCGACUUUGGCCGCAACACGCGACUGGGCAGCUACUUCACCGCCACGGACACCGGCGACGCGCGCAACCCUCUUCAGUCUGUUGGGUUUGGUGACAUCAGCGUCAUCGAUGCCUUCAUCGUGCUCACCAACACGUCGCUCGCAUCCCUCGACUUUUCCAGUGUCACGGACAUCACGGGCAGCCUUGACCUGCGCUAUUCCAGCAGCCUCACCAGCGUGGACUUUGGCGCCCUUGCCGCCAUCGGCGAUUACCUGUACCUCGACUCCACCAACCUCACCAGCAUUGACCUUGCCUCCAUGGCCAGCAUCGGUGGCUCUCUCACCAUGAGCACUGACUCCGUGACCAGCGUCGACUUUGGUGCGCUGACGAGCGUCGGCGGCGAUCUCACCAUGGUCAGCACGGCGGUGGAGACGCUUGACUUUGCCUCCAUCGCCACAGUGGCCGGCAGCGUGACAAUCGAGAACAGCAUGCUCACGAGCGUGUCGCUGGGUGCUCUCACCAGCAUUGGCGGGCAGCUAAGCCUCGCCCGCUGCAGCCUGACGACCGUUGACCUCGGUGGCCUCACGUCUGUCGUGUACAACCUCGACUUGUCGGCCAACGCCCUUACCAGCAUCAACUUUGGCAGCCUCACCGCCGUGGGCGGCAGUGUGGAUUUGAGGGCCAACGCGCUCACCAGCGUUGACUUUGGCAACAUCCAGACCAUUGGUCUCGACGUUGAGACAAACGGCAACCCGGCCAUCACCAGCAUCAGCUUCGGCAGCUUGCAGUCUGUCGGCCGUGAUCUCAGCUUCACCAACACCAGCAUCACCAGCAUCAACCUGGCCAACAUGCAGAGUGUGGGGGGCACCAUCGACUUUUCCUACAACGACCGUCUCACCAGCUUCGACUUUGACACCCUGACAAGCAUUGGCGGCUCCCUGCGGUUCUUCUAUGCCAACUUCACCACGUUUGACCUUGAUGGCGUGACGAGCUUCAAUGGGGAGCUUGAUCUUGCCAACAACUUUGACCUCAACAGCGUCAACUGCCGUGGUCUUGCCUCCUGCAUCUAUGUCCCUGGUGGAGUCACCACCACCAACUGCCCAGCGGCCUGCUGAGUGGGUUGAGUGGGUUGAGAGAGAGUGAGUGAGUGUGUGUGUGUGUGUGUGUUUGCUUCUGUGUCUGCUAUGCUUCUGCGUACGUGUGCGUACGUGUGCGUGCGUGCGUGCGUGCGUGCGUGCGUGCCUGCCUGCCUGCCUGCCUGCCUGCCUGCUCGUCUGUUCUUCCUUCUUUGCUUCGUUACUUUCGGUUGCGUCAUUGUACUUCUUCUUCUUGUGCCCCCCGAGUGUGAGUUGAUGUGAGUGUGAGCUGAGUGCACCGUUCUAGACUGACUAUUGGAGCAGUGAGUCACCAGCAGAGCAGCAGUGCAGCAGCACUGGACGCAACUCAGGC